AUGGGUUCCGUUACGGUCCAGCAACAAAAUGGCUUGGAGGAAGGGAAUAUUGGAGCGGACGGUUUCAAGGUGUUUGGGGGACAGUUAAAAAAGGAUUUCCUAUUUGCUCCUGGGUGGAGGAACCUCAACCAAGGCUCUUUUGGCUCCAUCCCCCGAGUCAUUCAGGACAAGUUGCGUCACUACCAGGAUGACAUCGAGGCACGACCCGACUUUUUCGUCCGCUACGAUCAUGGCAAGCUCAAUGAUGAGUCUCGUGAAGCUGUUGCAAGUAUUGUCAAUGCGCCAGUCGAGACGAUCACAUUCGUGAGCAACGCAACGGAGGGCGUCAACACCGUGUUCAAGAAUGUGAAAUGGGACAAGGACGGCAAGGAUGUUGCCCUUUACUUUACAACCGUCUAUGAGGCGUGCGGGAAAAUAAUUGACUUCCUGUACGAUUUCCAUGGUGAAGGCAAGUUUACCAGCCGUGAGAUCCAGAUUUCGUAUCCCACUGAAGACGAGGAGAUCCUACAGCGGUUCCGCGAUGCGGUCAAGCAGGUCGAGGCUGAGGGCAAACGUGCCAAGAUCUGCAUCUUCGACACCGUCUCCUCUAAUCCAGGCCUCGUCUUCCCCUGGGAGGCCAUGACCAAGGCCUGCCGCGAGCUCGGCGUGCUGAGCUUGGUGGACGGCGCGCAGGGCAUCGGCAUGGUGCGGCUGAACCUCGCCGAGGCGGAUCCCGACUUCUUCGUGUCGAAUUGCCAUAAAUGGCUGUUUGUGCCGCGUGGGUGCGCCGUCUUUUACGUCCCGGUGCGGAAUCAGCAUUUGCUGCCGUCGACGCUGUCGACGAGCCAUGGGUAUAUACCCAAGACCGGUACGCGGACCACGCCGCCGGAUAUUUAUAGCUCCAAAAGCUUCUUUAUCAACAACUUUCAGUGGGCAGGCACUAAGGAUUACUCGCCAAACUAUUGUGUCAAGGAUGCCGUGGCCUAUCGCAAAGAAAUCCUUGGUGGGGAGGAGAGGAUCUUGAAUUACCUUUGGGAUCUGAACAAGAAGGGCAGCAAGCAUGUUGCGGGGGUGCUGGGCACAGAGGUUCUUGAUAACAGCAAGGGCACAUUGACUAACUGCGCGAUGGCCAAUAUUGCGCUGCCUUUGUGGAAGGGAGAGAAGGGGCCAGAAGCCAAGGAGACAGAGAUUGUUGUACCAGCAGAAGAUAUGAGCUUGGCUGUGGCGUGGUUGAUGAGAACUCUUGCGGACGAUUAUAAAACGAUUGUGCCCAUGUUCUUGCUGGGAAAUAGGUUAUGGUUCAGAACGAGCGCGCAGAUAUACUUGGACAUGGAGGAUUACGAGUACCUCGCGGAAUCGUUGAAGGCCAUGUGUGAGAGGGUUGGCAAGGGAGAGUAUAAGGGCUGGAAACCCGAUUGGUGAUGAUAGCAGUUACAGGCCUG